AUAUAUACUGAGCAACAAAAUUAACCCUCAAUCCCUCCCUAUGGGUCGUUUUCGUCCUGCUUAAAACUACUAUUGUUAAUUUCUCGUACAACCGCGAUGCUAGCGCCAUUAAAGUUAUACUAAAAAAACUUUGGAAGGGAAGGAUCUUCAGUGCAAAAGGCCAGCCCAGUCCAUUUGUUCUACUCCAAACGCCAGCUAGAUAAAAUUCAAAUAGGACGUUUUCGACUCAUAAGGAGGGAUUACAAGGUAUGCGUCUAUUCAAUACAAAUCGACAAGCUACAGACCGAUCCUGUUCUGUCGCCAGUCUUUCAACGUGUUCAUCAUGGACAACAGCAGAAUCGAAAUAUGCGUGCAGGAAGGAAAGUUAAUUGGUAUUGUAGAAAAAGGUGUCUACGGCGACUACUAUAUUGCUUUCCGAGGAAUACCAUAUGCAAAACCGCCAAUUGGAGAACUCAGAUUUAAAGAUCCGGUACCAGCAGAACUAUGGACCGGUGGUAGAGACGCCUCAAAGUACGGAAACAAAGGUGUCCAACUAAACCUUCUCACACGUCUAAUUGAAGGCGAUGAAGACUGCCUCUAUUUAAACGUGUUCACCACAAAAAUCGAGCUUGCUAAAAAGCGCCCAGUGAUGGUGUGGAUACACGGCGGUGGUUUCUCUAUGGGUUCCGGUGAUGCAACCAUGUAUGGCCCUGAUUACAUCGUGCAGAAAGACAUAGUUUUGGUUACUUUAAAUUAUAGAUUAGGUGCUCUAGGUUUUCUAAAUCUCAACGAUAAGGUGGCAACGGGUAAUCAAGGUAUAAAAGAUAUAAUCUUGGCAUUAAAAUGGGUACAGAAAAAUAUUUCACAGUUCGGUGGAGAUCCCAAAAAUGUCACUAUCUUCGGCGAAAGUGCUGGUGCAGCCAUUGUACAUUGUCUAACUCUGACUCCGUUAGCCAAAGAUUUAUUUCAUAAAGCGAUAUUACAAAGCGGGGUCAUAAGGUGUCCUCGCUACUAUACUAAAGAUCUACAGAACGUGGGUUUUCGACUUGCCGAAAAACUUGGAAAACCGACCAAAGAUCCGAAAAUCACUUACGAGUUUCUCAAAACAAUCGAUGCAAAAAAACUUAUAGAGACUCAAGAAAAUUCUCUCUCAACGGAAGAGGAGCGUAAACACCAUGGCGUGAGAUUUACACCCAGUUUGGAUCACGAAUCAUCGAAUCCAGUUUUUCCAGAAGAUCUAGAGACGUUUAUGUGUCAUGAGGUUAAAGUACCGUUACUUAUAGGUUUUAACAGUUCCGAGGGAUCUUUUAUUGUAAGCAGUAACUUCAUCGGACAGACAACUAAAGAGGAGAUAAAAAAAAUCAAUUCUGAUUUCAAGAGCGCUAUACCACCCAACAUUUUAUCUAUACUGCCAAAAAUAUCAGUCACACCCGAGGACUUACGAUCUCUAUAUUUCGGUGAUAAAAUCUUGUCAGAGGAAACAAUGGAAAAUUAUGCUGAUUUUCUCAGUGACGAGUACUGGAAUCGUGGUAUAAUGGAAGUAGUGGAUAUUCAGGCAAAGCUAAAAGAUAAUAAAAAUGCGACCUAUCUGUAUCAAUUUUCAUACAAGAGUGAAAAUUCUCCUAUAAGAAAAAUAUAUCAAAUUACCUGUCCAGGUGUGGCACAUGCCGAGGAACUGGGGUUAUUGUUUUAUCCUUCUUUAAUGAAGGAUUUAGGUAUGCCCUUACCUGCCAUUGAUUCGAAAGAUGGUAAGAUGAUGAAUUACUUAACUCAAAUGUGGACAGAUUUUGCCAAAACAGGGAAUCCAACGCCCGAUACAAAUGCAUGGUUACCGGUAACUAGUUCAUCACCGGAAAAAUACAAUUAUCUAAAUAUCGAUAUAAAGUCACAAAUGAAAGUUUUCCGUAAAGGACAAGAGAGAUGGAAUUGGGAGGAGAGAAAAAAAAAUUACGACGCUAAACUUAAACUACGUGCGUAGUUUAGGUUUCUCUAUAUUUUUUGCAAUUACAAUAUUCUCUCUUGUUUCUUUUUCAAAAAUAUAUUUAAAGGGGAUAUGAACACUACCAUUAUUUUCUUUAAAUUACGAGUUAGUUUUAAUUAAUAUAAACAUAAAAAUUAAUAGUUUUCGUCUAUGAUUUAUUGGAAACAAAAAAUUUGUGAAUCAAACUUAAGAGGAACUAUAUAUAAUCAUGUAAUACUAUUUGUUACUAACAAAUAGUUUUGUAAGACUCUUCAAAUAAUAUUAAUUGAAUACCAUUAUAACUAAGAAUUUAUUACACUAAAAUUAAUUAUAAAUUUAUAAUGCAAAUAAGAUAGAAGAAAAAUAAAACGUUGUUAUUAUUAUAUUAAA